AACUUUGGAAAUAGACCCCACUUUUCACCACCCAAAACUUGCUACAAUUUCAACUACACCAUCAUUAUGAACAAAUCAUAACAGCUAGCCUUUCCCCCUUUUGCAGCCCAAAAAAUGAAUUUCACAAUCUUUUCUUGAUUUUCCCCAUUUUUCCUUUUAGGGAAGUUAAUUGCACAGUUUCUGCUACUUAAAUUUCCCUGUUUGUUUUUGCAGAAGAAGUUCUUUCUGGUUUAGGCCUGUGAAGUUUCCUGCAUUUUCUUGAGCUGAAAAGUAUGAAUAGGUCUCCCAUAUUCCCAAAAUAUGAGCCUCAAGAUUUCUGUGGUGGCUAUGAGUUUGAUCCUCAUACAGAUUUUGCACAGUUCUUGUCAGAAGCAAGAAAGCAUGCAGGCCAAGACAUUCUUGGUGCAACACCACCGCCACAUCUCGAAGAAUCUGCAGAGAGGAAAUCGAGAAACCCAUCGUGGAAAAGAUCGUUGUUUUCAUGGUUAAAGAGGGAUAAAAGGAACAAGAACAGCAAAGAAGCAGCGAAGAACUCACAUACCAAGCCGAGGGGUGAUUAUGUUUCUGGUCUGGUGCGAGGGGGCGGGGAUGAUGCAAGGCGUUGGAAGCCCUUAUCGGGCCCCAUCACGAGCCACUUCAAUGGGAUCAAUGAAGAGGAGGAUGAGGUGCCAUAUAUGUGUCUUCAAAAGAUGAACAGCUCCAAGGAUGUUCAAUCCUAUGGACCGGUGUACUUGGUUACAUAGGAAACUAGGUACGAGAAUUAUGUUCUGCUGACUCAGAAAACUCAAAUGUGAUUCGGUUAUAUUAGAAUAUAACCAAAGAUUUAUCUGUUU